AUGAGUGGCGCGACCAUUCAGGCCGAACUUUUUGUCAUCGACUGUCCGGGACCGAUGCUUUGCGGCCGUGACACUAUCCGCAGCUUCAAUACAGCAGGCGUGCCGGUACUCACUGAAAACGAGGUGGCGUGUGUGCAGGCGGAAAAUGCGGACAGAAUGGUAGAAACCAUGCUUUCAAAGUACCAUGAUGUCUUUGCUCUAGGGUUGGGUUUGCUCCGAGGGCCACCGGUACACCUGACCAUCAAAGAAGGCGCAAGACCCCGGUUUUGUAAGGCACGGACGGUGCCGUAUGCGCUCAAACAAAUGGUAUUAGCAGAGUUAGAUCGGCUGGUAAACGAAGGGGUGUUAUCACCGGUAACAUCGGCCGAAUGGGCCACACCCGUGGUGCCCGUAGUCAAGAAGGAUGGACAGGUGCGAUUAUGCGGCGACUUCCGGCUCACGGUGAACGCCGCUACCAUAAUGGAGCAAUAUCCGCUGCCGCGGGUUGCCGAUAUCUUUGUGAACCUUAACGGCGGAAAAGCUUUCAGCACAUUGGACUUGAGAAACGCCUAUAAACAGCUGCCCCUUGACGAGGUCUCGAAGAGGCUAGUCGUUUUUAACACGCACAAGGGUCUCAACUGUUUCAACAGGCUGCCGUUCGGAGUGUCGUCAGCGCGCAUGGAGGCCGUGCUCAGCGGGAUCCCCGCCGUGCAGGUAUAUCUGGACGACAUAAUUGUAUCGGAAAAGGCAAACGACUGCAGGAUCCUGGAGCAAGUGCUACAGCGCCUGAGGGAACACGGCCUGCGACUACGACGGGAGAAAUGCAAGUUCAGGCAAGAGCAAGUCACCUUUCUCGGACACUGCAUCGACAGACACGGCCUACACCCCAAAAGCGACAACAUCACGGCACUGCUCGACGCCCCCCAGCCCACUUCGCAAACCCAUUCGCCUGAGUGCGACGCGUCAGCAGUAGGCCUGGGAGCAGGGUUGUCGCAUCGAGUCGGAGGAAUUGACUACCCUAUCGGAUUCAGGUCACGAACAUUAACAAAAGCCGAGAAAAAUUAUUCCCAGUUGGAAAAGGAGGCCCUCGCCCUCGUAUUUGGCGUGACCAGGUUCAGAGACUAUCUGUAUGGGACCCACUUCAAACUAGUAACCGACCAAAAACCAUUAACCGGACUGUUCAGUCCAGACAAGGGAACUCCGCCGAUGGCCGCUGACCGCAUUCAGCGUUGGGCCCUGCUGUUGGGUGGAUAUCGGUACAGCCUAACCUAUCGUAAAGGAUCUGAAAACGGAAACGCAGAUGCCUUCAGCCGACUCCCUGUUCCUCGGGGGCAGCGCGAUAACGCAAAAGACGACGCUCCCGAGUAUGUAUUAUACGCUGAAGCUGUGAACGCGGCACCCAUCAGUGCCAAAGAGUUGGCGGUUCUAACCAUCCGUGAUGCUAUGUUACAGCAGGUGCGAAAGUGGAUCCUGCAGGGCUGGCCGCAGUACCUGACAGAGUCCGAGGAGCUUUUCCGGCCGUUCUUCCAGAAAAAGGAUGAGCUGACGGUGAAUCAGGACCUCAUUUAUAGGGGACAUAGAAUAGUAGUGCCAUCAGCGGCUGCUGGGAGUCUUUUGAGGCUCCUACAUAAAACACAUCCAGGGAUGGCGGCAAUGAAAAAGCUUGAUCGAACCAUUUUUUGGUAUCCAGGGCUGGAUGCCGACAUCGAAAGGAUGGUACGCGAAUGUGAGAGGUGUGCUCAAACCAGUGCAAUGCCUCCAGUGCAAGGUCUCCAGUGCAAGGUUCCGGCGCCAUGGCCAGAAACGGGCCGGAAAUGGUCUCGAGUGCACAUCGACUAUGCAGGCCCCGUCGAAGGACACAUGCUACUGGUGGUCGUAGAUGCUGAAACAAAGUGGCUGGAGGCCAUAUUGAGGCGGAGUACGACAUCAGAAGCCACCGUGGAAGCGUUGAGGCCCAUAUUUGCCAGGUUCGGACUGCCACAUACACUUGUUUCAGAUAAUGGGCCACAGUUCGUCUCAGCUGAGUUUCAGAAGUUCGUAAGAAUGAACGGGAUCAACCACGUGACGAUGGCGCCUUACUACCCGUGGUCAAAUGGCCUGGCGGAACGCGCGGUUCGCACGAUCAAGGAAGGCCUUCGAAAAAGCCAAGGGGGUGGCACAUUCAUUAAACGUCUCAGUCAGUUUUUAUGCCGAUACCGACGGGCACCGGUAAAGGCUGGGAAGUCUCCGUCCGAACUACUGCUGGGUUAUCAGCUACGGACCAGACUAGACUGUUGCCUCCCGAGUGCAGGCGGGGAACCGCGUCUUGAAGAGCGCUCCUCCACCAUGCCGUUCUGUGCAAGACAGCCGGUGUUUCUGAGAAGUUUCCUCAGCCGGCCAAAAUGGUUGCCGGGAGUGGUCACCAGUACCCAAGGGGCUCGGAUGGUGACUGUGUCUACGCCGGACGGCGAGCAACGUCGUCAUGCGAACCAACUGCGGCUGCGCACUCCGAAGGACUCGAACACGACGCAGCCAGGGGGCGCUACAACAUCCACCACCACCGCUAACGAAACCUCGCCGAUGCCAGCCGGCAUGGCUGACCCCACGCCGGCGGGGUCACCACCCCCUAGCCAACUUGAGGCACCGCCACCGCUUCGCCGGUCCAACAGGCUACGGCGAGCACCUCAAAGGUUCAACUGGUAA